CCCGGGGACCGUGCGCGCUUAAUGCGCGGGAGACGGAGACAGAGACAGAGAGAGACAGAGACAGGGUGAGACAGAGACAGGGUGAGACAGAGACAGGGUGAGACAGAGACAGGGUGAGACAGAGACAGGGUGAGGCAGAGACAGGGUGAGACAGAGACAGGGUGAGGCAGAGUGAGACAAGCCACCCGAAUAGAGCGAAGCAGAAGGACGAGCAGAGGAAGAUUCUGCGACACCGAGACAGAGAAGCCACCUGCUGCAUAGAGCCGAGUCGAGAGGCAGCAGCGGCAGCAGCAGCGGCAGCAGCAGCAGCGGCGGUGGCCCGGCCAGGUGAAGAGGGCAAGAAAACCUCGCCGCGUUGUUCCAGCUACUCUGACAGCAGCACAGGUUGGCUGCUGUCCACCCCGGCGGUCCCCGUUUCCCACUGGUAACCUCCGAGUCCACCUCCGAGGCCACCUCCGAGUCCACCUCCAGAGAUGUCCGUGCAAGUGGCUCCUCCCUGCGCGUUCGCGCCCGCGGGUCCCAUGAUGAGCCUCAUGGCUCCGGGCUCCCCGCACGCGGGGCUCGCGUCCCCCGCGUCUCCCGCGGCGACUCCGGCGCGAAACCCGGGCGCCGGCAGCAGCAGCAGCAGCAGCGGCAAGGGGCGCUCUGGCAGCAAGAAGCACCACAACCACCUCCAUCACCACAACCACCAUCGCCACCACCACAACAACAGCCACCACCACCACCGCGCCUCGUCACCCGAGCUGUUACGGGUGAAGAGGCGACACCCCUCGGGGGGGCUGGGGGGGUGCUUGGGGCUCCCGGCGCCCGCGUCCGUGGCGCGUCGCAACGAGCGGGAGCGCAACCGCGUGCGGCUCGUCAACAUGGGCUUCGCGGCGCUGCGGGAGCGCGUCCCGGGAGCCGGAGCGGCCAAGAAGAUGAGCAAAGUGGAGACGCUGCGCUCCGCCGUGGAGUACAUCCGCGCGUUGCAGCACCUCCUGGAGCGCGGCGACGGGGCCGCGCGCGCCGCGCUGCGCGCCGCGAUGCCCGCCCACGGCGGAGACUGCGCCGCGCUCUCUGCGCUCGAGCUCUGCUGCUCGUCGUCGUCCGUCGCCUCCCCGCUCUCCUCGUCCGGCGCCUCCUCCUCCGAGAUGGCGUGCGGCUCGCUCAGCCCCGACGACCACGACCUGGCUGCAGACUUUGCCGCCUGGUUCUGAGACUCGAGAGAGACAGAAGGGAGAGAGAGAAAGACAGAAGGGACGGGGGCGAACGUGGAGUUCCCUUGCAGAGAGGGCGGAUGAUGAGUCCAGGAGGAGCUCCCCCCCCACCAUUCCCUGUUCCCCGCUGAGUGAAAUGAUCACCUGCACAGAGACGAUGCGUGAAUAGCGCGUGUGACGAAGCGGAGGGGGGAUGCGAGAGACGGUUACCGAGUCUGACUGUGGACUCGUGAAAGCGUGAGAGAGAGCGUGUGAGAGAGCGUGAGAGAGAGUGUGAGAGAGAGUGUGAGAGAGAGAGCGUGAGAGAGAGCGUGAGAGAGAGCGUGUGAGAGAGAGAGCGUGUGAGAGACCGUGAGAGAGAGUGUGAGAGAGAGAGCGUGAGAGAGAGCGUGAGAGAGAGUGAGAGAGCGUGUGAGAGAGCGUGUGAGAGAGAGUGAGAGAGAGAGAGAGUGAGAGUGAGAGAGAGCGUGAGAGAGAGAGCGUGAGAGAGAGAGCGUGAGAGAGAGAGCGUGAGAGAGAGAGAGCGUGAGAGAGAGAGAGCGUGAGAGAGAGAGAGCGUGAGAGAGAGAGCGUGAGAGAGAGAGAGCGUGAGAGAGAGAGAGCGUGAGAGAGAGAGAGCGUGAGAGAGAGAGAGCGUGAGAGAGAGAGAGCGUGAGAGAGAGAGAGCGUGAGAGAGAGAGAGCGUGAGAGCGUGAAUUCCUGAGCGACUCUUCAACCAGUCACGUGAUUGUCUAAAAGUUAUGUCACUCGUCGAGACUCGGGACGCCGAGCAGCGGGGGAUCAGAGACCAGGAGUCGUGAAGCGGUCGCCGCCACCUUGGCAAUGCUGUUACCCGGGAGGAGGGCCUCCCACGAACCCCCACGGACCCCCACGGAGCCCCGAGAUUCAAUAUCUACCUUGCACCCCUCAGCCCCGAUGUGUGUGACACUCAUAGUCGCCGUCAUGUCCAUGAACACGAACGUCGGGGUGGCACGCGUGGGGGGUCGCUCCCCACGCGUGCCGCCCCGUUUGCCCGGGAGCGCGUCUCCUGUGCGUGUGACGCUGACAACAACAGCAAGAAGAAACGCAGGUCGAGUGGAUAACAUUCAGCGACUUGGCAAAGUGGGGAACACAGAUGGGGGUAUCUGCCAGUUAUCUCAGUCAGUCAACUCUUAAAUCUUGGGUCUGUCCCGUAACCUCCUGCCACCAGAGAAACUUCGAUACUUCACGUGGCCUCAAGGUGCACCUAGCCUGGCACAAACGCCGUGGUGAUGUCACCGCCACUUGGUGGCGAACGACGGUUGUUGUGAAUGCAUGCGUGUGUGCCGAGGUGUGUGAGUGUGGCGAGCGGUAGUGCAGCGACUAGCGCGCUGCGCUACCAACCCGACGGGCCGAUUUCAAAUCUUGCUCAGGGCCAACACCAGUUGCAAUUAUUUGCACCGGUCCUGGGCCUCCCGUAGGUCGACUCAAUCUCAAAUGAGGACUUGGUGCGGUGUGUAAACAUCGUCACUAAGGAGACAAAGGCGGCCGGGCGUGGUUCUGGCCACCCACCCCCUCGUGUGCCGCGUCGGCCUCCAUAGGUACUCGCUAACAGCACUUGCCCCAAACGUUUAUUAAGGCUAUACGGGGGAUCUUUGUCUUUGCGAGUGCGCGUGUUUAUGAAUGCAGGGGGUCAGUUCCGUUAGCGAGCACCGCUUAAGCCAAAGCUACACUGGGGCAGGGGGGGUGGUUUGUGUUGAAUGUGGCGCAGUUCCUCCCUGGGAACGAGCAUCAGAAUCACGUCGUGACGUUCACCUCUCUCGAGUCAGCCCUGAAAGAUAAUGUAACGCGGUGUACAAAUAUCAGCACGGAGAGACAAAGGCGGUCGGGCGUGUUUCUAGUCACACCGUGCUGGCAUAUUCGAAGGUGCUCGCUAAGAGCACCCAGACAGUCGGAUACGGUUAUAAGGGGGACCUUUGCCUUGACGUGCGCGCGUGUGUGUGUAUAUGAAUCUAUAUAUUUUGUGUAUAUGCAUUUAUAAAAAAACUAUACUGCGGCGAGGAUAGCACCGUGCCGGCCCCGA